AUGCGAAGAUUACUGGCUGGUUUUAUUCCCUCAUCUGCUCGUCCCUUGAACUCAAGAUUGCCGUUAUUAAUGUCAUCCUCAUUACCUUCCUCGGCCGGCAAGAAGCCUAAACAAGCUACUUUGGCUAGGUUCUUUACUUCCAUGAAAAAUAAGCCAUCGGCAGGCACUUCUUCUUCCAAGAAAUCAUCCAAACAUAUGCUGGAAGAUAGAAUAGAUGAUGUUAGUGGUGAAGAGGAAUACGCUACCAAGAAACUGAAACAGAUUGCUGUUGCACAUACGCCGGUGGCUCCAAGCUCCAUGGAUAGCAAUUCAUCUUCUUUACCAUCAUCUGCUCCCUCUUCUGGUGUUGUUGAUUCACCGCAACAAUCUCAGGGGCUGGGAUGUGAGGUCGAAGACUCAUUGGGCUCGAAUGAUAAUGAUCAUUAUUCAUCUAAUAUCCCCUAUUCUGAGGUUUGUGAGGUUUUUAACAAGAUAGAAGCCAUAUCUUCUCGUUUAGAGAUUAUCAGAAUCUGCUCCGAUUUUUUCAUAAAGAUAAUGAAGCAGUCGUCCAAGAACUUAAUACCUACAACAUAUCUUUUCAUCAAUAGAUUGGGCCCUGAUUACGAAGCAGGUUUGGAAUUGGGCCUUGGAGAAAAUCUCCUUAUGAAAACCAUAAGUGAAACUUGCGGGAAAUCUAUGAGCCAAAUCAAACUCAAAUACAAGGAAAUUGGGGAUCUGGGUGAAAUAGCAAUGGGCGCGAGAAAUGUCCAGCCUACCAUGUUUAAGCCCAAACCUUUGACCGUCGGUGAAGUCUUCAAAAAUCUUAGAACUAUUGCGAAGACUCAAGGUAAAGAUUCGCAAUUAAGAAAGAUGAAGCUGAUCAAGAGAAUGCUUACUGCAUGUCAAGGUGUAGAGGCUAAAUUUUUGAUCAGAUCGCUAGAGUCAAAGCUGAGAAUUGGUCUUGCUGAAAAGACUGUCUUGAUAUCCCUGUCGAAGGCCCUUUUGCUCCAUGAUGAGAAUAGGGAAAACUCUCCGGACAAAGAUAUCCCCAUGGAUAUCUUAGAAAGCGCUCAACAAAAGAUUAGAGACGCAUUCUGUCAGGUGCCCAACUAUGAGAUUGUUAUAAACUCAUGUUUGGAACACGGUAUUAUGAAUUUGGACAAAUAUUGCACUCUAAAGCCGGGAAUUCCGUUAAAGCCCAUGUUGGCCAAGCCUACUAAGGCAAUUAAUGAAGUAUUGGAUAGAUUUCAAGGCGAAACUUUUACGUCAGAAUACAAGUAUGAUGGUGAAAGGGCUCAAGUGCAUUUGUUAAAUGACGGUUCAAUGAGGAUUUAUUCCAGAAAUGGAGAAAAUAUGACUGAGAGAUAUCCAGAAAUCAACAUAACAGAUUUUAUUCAAGACUUGGAUAGUACCAAAAAUUUGAUUCUAGAUUGUGAAGCUGUAGCUUGGGACAAAGAUCAGGGGAAAAUUUUGCCUUUCCAAGUUUUAAGCACAAGAAAACGUAAAGACGUGGAAUUGAACGAUGUUAAAGUAAAAGUCUGUCUCUUUGCAUUUGAUAUACUCUGCCACAACGACGAAAGACUGAUAAAUAAAUCAUUAAAGGAAAGAAGAGAAUAUUUAACUAAGGUUACUAAAGUUGUUCCGGGGGAAUUCCAAUACGCCACUCAGAUAACAACGAACAAUCUUGAUGAACUCCAAAAAUUCCUUGAUGAAUCAGUUAAUCACUCAUGCGAAGGUUUGAUGGUCAAAAUGUUGGAAGGUCCUGAAUCACAUUAUGAACCAAGUAAAAGGUCGAGAAACUGGUUGAAAUUAAAAAAAGAUUACUUGGAAGGAGUCGGAGAUUCAUUAGAUCUUUGCGUAUUGGGGGCGUACUACGGUAGAGGAAAGAGGACUGGUACGUACGGUGGGUUCCUUCUGGGAUGUUACAACCAAGAUACAGGAGAAUUUGAAACUUGUUGCAAAAUAGGGACAGGCUUUUCUGACGAAAUGUUGCAGCUCUUACACGAAAGGUUGACCCCAACGAUAAUUGAUGGACCAAAAGCCACGUUUGUUUUCGAUUCGAGUGCUGAACCAGAUGUAUGGUUUGAACCUACAACUUUGUUUGAAGUUUUAACUGCAGACCUUUCCCUAUCACCUAUUUAUAAAGCAGGUAGCGCAACUUUUGAUAAAGGCGUAUCUUUGAGAUUUCCAAGAUUUUUGCGUAUAAGAGAAGAUAAGGGAGUAGAAGAUGCAACCUCUUCUGAUCAAAUUGUUGAAUUGUACGAAAACCAAUCUCACAUGCAAAAUUAG